CCCAGAUAGAACAGCUAUUUGUAUCGGAACAGAAUGUUUAAAGUUACCGUGAUAACGCUUGCUGCUCUGGCAGGUGCUCUGAGUCUUGAGCAUCUUGACCAUCACGGUUACAUCAGUGAGGUUAAACAUAUCCCGUACAAGUACUACGGUGGGAUCGGGGGAGGAAUUGGUCACGAAAUUAAGGAAGAAAUCAGCCAUGGCAUCGGUUAUGGUCACGAAGGCUACAAGGGCUAUGAAGACUACUACUCAUACCCGAAGUACAAGUUCGAAUACGGUGUGAAGGAUUACAAAACGGGAGACCACAAGAGUCAGUGGGAGACCCGGGAUGGGGACGUCGUCAAGGGCGAAUAUUCCCUGGAUGAACCGGACGGCACGAAACGGAUUGUGGAGUACUAUGCCGAUGGUAAGCACGGAUUUGACGCCAAGGUGAAAACGAUCGGCCAUGGUAUCCAUGAGGGUGGAUAUGGAGGGUACGAAGAGGGAGGCUACGGGGGUGGAUAUCAUGGCCAUGGAUACAGCUAUAGCAAGCUGAAGAAGUACGAUUAA